GCGUAAGCGCUGUAGUGGCUGGAGCAAUUGACGUUUAAAAGAACUCAACAGCGGCAUUUGUGCGAUUAAUUCGAAACGAGAUCUCGACGCGUGCAAACAUUUGCACUGAAUGUAAACGGUGCAGCGCGAAACGAUAUUGUGAAAUUGAAGAGUUAAACAAAGAAAUUAAAUAAAAUUCAAUUUUUUAUUGUUUUGUAUAUUUUUUUUUUUAAAGUGCAACCAAAAUAGUAUAACAAAUAUUUUGCAAAAUGAAUUGCCUGGAAUCGAUUGUUAAAUAUUUAAUCUAUAUUGCCAAUAUAAUAUUUUUGGUAUGUGGCAUACUCAUCAUUGUCCUGGGUUCGCUAAUGAUUGGCAAUAUUGGCGAUUUCUCAUCGUUUGAAGACGCCAUCAAUAUCAAUACAUUGCCUAUUAUAAUUAUUAUUUUGGGUUGUAUAAUAUUUGUCAUUUCCUUCUUUGGCUGUUGCGGUGCGAUACGCGAGAAUUCUUGUUGCAUGACAAUGUAUGCCGUCUUCAUGUUCAUCUUGUUCUGUCUACAAGUUGCUUUAGUGGUUUGGGUAUUCGUUCAACGCGCUGAAUUUUUGAAAGCCAUGAGCGAUCUGGUCGAUACAGCUUGGAAGGAGAAUAACACGGCCAAUGGUCAUCCAAUGAAUGCUUUACAAAUAGGCUUCAAGUGUUGCGGCAAAACAGAUUAUAGGGAUUACACAAGCGCGGGUGUUGCUGUGCCUGUUUCAUGUUGCGGCUCGCUCGAUGCCACAUCGUGCCCUGCGAGUAUUUACGAAACGAAGCCUGGUUGCAAGACGGAGUUCGUCGACUUCUGGGCAACGAAUACGAAUAUUAUCCGUUAUGCUGGUAUAGCUGUGGCCGCGAUUGAAUUGGCGGUAUUCACGAUAGCUUGUUGUCUGGCGAGUAGUAUGCGUAAUUCUCGCCGAAACUAAGAAGUGUGGAAUUCAUAUGCGUUAUACAUACAUAUAAAUAGUUUUGUAAAUAUUUUUAUAUGCAAAAAAAAAAAAAAGAAAUUGCCGAAGAAUGUAUUAACAAAUGUACAAGAAAUUAUACAAUUUAAGUAAAAAUAAUUAGUUACUUUAUAA